AUGGAUGGCUUUUGGAUGCAGGUAGAGUGGAUCCAACAGAAGGUUGGGCUGCAGGAAGAGGAUGGCAGCGGGGGCAUAGACCUGCUCCCACAGGGAGAAGUCGGAUCACCGUGGCUGCAGGAUGCGGGCCUGCCAGGCCUCCUUGGAGGCCAGGGCUUGGACGGUGACCACCAGGGGCUCCUGUCCACCCUGACACAGACCCAGAUGGCUGCUGUGGGCCGGCUGGACGUCUACACCCGCUCAACCCAAAGACGGCACGAAGCACCUGCCGGAGGUGUCAGGGACAUCUUUGGGGGCUUCAGUUCAACGGUCUUUAUCGGCUAUGGGAUCUUGGGCAAGAUUUCGGCACCUCAGCUGCUGCACCUCCGCAGAAUCUGGGCGGAGGCAGGCAGGGAGGGGAGGAGGGAGGAAGCCUUCCACGUGGACGCUGCCUGCUCGGGACAGGCUGUUUGGCUCCUGCAGAGGCCCCGCCACUCCUCACCCCACCCUCCCCGGAGGCACCUGCUCAAAGAGUUCCCUGCUGGCACCCAGCGCUCCGUUGUUGAUUCCUCAGCUACCUACCCAGUAACUGCCCGCGUCGGGGACCGGGGAGCAGGGAGCUACGGGCACGAAAGGGGCCGGGAAGCCCAGAGCGAGAUGACCGAGCUGACGGAUCCUGAGGUCCGAAUGGACCCCCCCAGCCCACAGCCUUCCCCGGACGCCCGUUACUCCCCACUGUGUAGGAAGUACGCUCCCUCCCGCAGGAACCCCUACUCCACCGAGUUUAUGAUCCCCAAAGGCAGAUUUGGGAUAGGAGACUUGUCUCUACAGGACAUGCGGGAGAUCUCUGCUCUGGCCCCUGACCCCACCACUGCGCCUGGCGCCCUCCUUGGCUUGGUCCCGAAGAGGAAAACACGCCGAGGCGUGCCCCUCGACUCCCUGCUGGAAGCUGACUGCAAAGCCCUCCCCAGCACCCCGGGCCCGCUGAUCCUUCAGGCCGUAAGUUCCUGCUUGGGAGAGAGGGUUGGACACGAAGGCAUUCUCAGGGUGCCUGGAUCCCAGGCCAGGGUCAAGGUCGCCUCUUUCUUGGUCUCUCAGGUGCGAGAACUGAAUAACAGCAGUGCGCGCCCCCAGCUCUGCGACGGGGGCCUCGAGACCUGGCUGCGAAGAUUACACGCAGAGAGGGACCAGGUGAGUGUCCCCCACGCCACGGGGACAAGCGCCACUCCCAAAGCGGCAAAGGUCCAGGUGACCCGGCCUAUCACAGAUCCCCGGGCUCUGACCGCCAGCACCAAAGUAGCUCAUAUCCUCAGGCUCACAGAGCGCCUCAGUCCUGGUUCACAGGGUCAAGAAGGCAGUAAGAGCACAGACAGCCUCCUUCCUCGAUAA